GUAUGGAGCUAACAAAACUUCUCUGUCUUUUCAUCUUCCUUACCAUAGAAACUCUGCUUAUUCGGCUAAAGGCAGAGCUCACAAUCUUUCAUGUUGUGGUCCUUUUUAGUUACAUUUUCUUUGUCAUCUUGAAAUCAAGGCCUUCACCAGUAUACCUGGUGGACUAUUCAUGUCUAAAGCCACCAAAUUUCUGUAGAGUUCCACACGCUGCCUUUAUUGAACAUGCUCAACAUUUCUUAGAUAAACAGAGCAUAAAUUUCAUGACUAAAAUCUUGAGUCAAUCAGGACAAAGUGAAGAAACAUAUCUACCCCCUGCACUUCAGUACAUCCCACCAAAAAUAGACUACCAAGAAGUCAUAAGCGAAGUCCAUAUGGUACUAUUCCCUGUAUUUGAAGACCUUUUAGCCAAAACCAAUCUCUCCCCACAUGAUAUUGAUGUUUUAAUCGUCAAUUGUAGUGGAUUUUGCCCUGCUCCUUCGCUUUCUUCCAUAAUUGUGAACAAAUAUGGCAUGAGAGAAGACAUUAAAAGUUACACAAUCAGUGGCAUGGGUUGCAGUGCUAAUGCAUUAGCCAUUGACAUGGCCCAAAAUAUUUUAAAAUCUCACAAGAAUUCCAAUGCCGUUAUCCUUAGCACAGAGAUUUUAUCAACAGGUUGGUAUCCUGGAAAAGAACCAUCUAUGUUGGUUAUUAAUUGUUUAUUUCGAAUGGGUGCUGCUGGGAUUUUAAUUUCAAACAAAAAAGAAGACAAAAAUAGAGCAAAAUACAAGCUUAUCAAGACUCUGAGAACUCAGAGGGCAUUUGAUGAUAAGGCCUACUUUUGUACUUUCCGUGAAGAGGAUUCAGAUGGAUUUACUGGAGUUACACUCAAGAGGGACUUAUUGCAAGCGGCAGGAGAAACACUUAGGUCCAACAUAACAAUUCUUGGUUCACAAAUUUUGCCUUUCACCGAGAAAGUUAGGUAUGGGGUUUCAAUUUUGAGAAAGAAGUUAUCGGUAGACAAAAAAUCAACAGAGAUUUAUGUGCCUAAUUUUAAGUCAGUGAUAGAGCAUUUUUGCUUGCCAGCAUCAGGAAAGCCAGUGAUAAAGGAGAUGGGAAAAGGGUUGAAGCUUGUAGAGGGUGAUAAGGAACCUGCUUUGAUGACAUUGCAUAGAUUUGGGAACCAAUCUUCUUCUUCAUUGUGGUAUGAAUUGGCAUAUUUGGAGGCAAAAGGAAGGGUGAAAAAAGGUGACAAAGUAUGGCUGCUUGGGAUGGGAAGUGGGACUAAGUGCACUAGUCUAAUUUGGGAAUGUGUUAGGCCCAUUUAUGGGGAAGCCCAAAGAGGCCCAUGGGCUGACACCAUUGACAGAUACCCGUUAAAGAUGUGA